AUGGCGAGAGUACGCGACGCGCCCGAAGGGGGGGGCGCAUCUACUGGGGGAGGCGACGACGACGACGUCGUUGAGGGAUGGGCAACCGGUUCGGACCCGCUGUUCUGGGCAGCAGUUCGAAGCACGGCGGAUGGCAAGGAGGACGUCAAGCACGUGCUAGUUCACGGCGAACUUCGGGCCGAGGGGGGGGAACGUGGCUGCACGCGUGUACCGGUGGACAAGAGCGACUUGGUGAUGCGCGAUGGCAAGGGGGACUACAGCUUGGUGCCCGAUCUUCAAGUGCGCGACUUGUACGUGGCGAAGAAGAAGAAGGAGGAAGCGCUUUUCUGGCCAGCCCGGCGGAUCGUGGAUGGAGAGACGGAGUACAAACACGUGCACGUCCACGACGGCGAGCGUCCCUGCGGAGACUGCGUGCGGAUAAAACCGAACGCUCUCAACGUCUCACUGCGGUGCGAGUGCCGCGACUGCAAACGCAAGCCGUUUGACAGCUCUUCGCGGGUCCCUUUCAACCCGCGUGACCUGCUGGGGCGGGACGGGCGAGGGGAUUUCUGCUUGGUGCCCGACCACGAGGUCCUCGCCCUCUACUUUCACGACGAGACCACGGCGAAGGAGAACGACGACGGCAGCAACCAGUGGGUGUCGGUGUUGAAGGGCGCCGCCAUCAACAAGAAGGGGGAAGGACGCGCCGCGCACAUCUCUGACAUCAUUGGGGUGGAUAGAGGGGUCGCAGCGAUAGGGAAGGAGGCCUGGGGCAUGAUGCAGGAAGACAUGAACGUGGUCGAAGAUAAGGAGAACCCGGUUGAGGUCGCGCGGCCGGCUCCCAAGGACGGGGAGGCGCCGACGCAUCGGGUGUUUCCCGGACGCUACGAGCGUUCCGGGAUCUACUUCGGCAGGAAAGAGGGCGAGGGGAAGGACGGCCAUGCCGUGAAGCUCGUGCAGGAUGCCGUCGAGCUGCUGAAAGGGAUUCCCGGCGCCUGCCAGGUGAAGAAAACGAAGAACGACCCUUCCACGGCGGCGGUCAUCAUGACUGUAGGGCAACACCAAGACGGGUACUGGAACUGCGCACGGAUGUUGGAGCAAAUUCCGGGGCUCAUCGCCAUCCACGAGCUGACAAGCGAGCCACACCGGCAGCUGGUCAUGGUCUUCGACAACUCUACCGGGCACUCGGCGUUCGGCGCCGGCACAUUGGUGGGUGAGCACGUUGCCCUGAGGCCAGGGGGAGCGCAGGGCGCUCUUCGCAAUUUCGAGGACGACGAGGGGAACCCCGUGCACACCACCUUCAGGGUCGGCGACAAGCUCCGUUUUACCACGAACGUGUNACACCAAGACGGGUACUGGAACUGCGCACGGAUGUUGGAGCAAUUUCCGGGGCUCAUCGCCAUCCACGAGCUGACAAGCGAGCCACACCGGCAGCUGGUCAUGGUCUUCGUCAACUCUACCGGGCACUCGGCGUUCGGCGCCGGCACAUUGGUGGGACGACGAUAG